AAAGUUCAGUUGCAUAACUGUGUUCAUGGCUCAGAGUACAAUGUAUUUGCUAGUAACCCAUAACAAUUAAGUUUUCAAAUUCUUUAAGAUUUACUGGUAGUAUAAGAAUAAGGACUUUGAGAUAUUUAACAAAUAGUCUGCAAUUUAAUAUACGAGAUAUAAAAGAAAUUCCAUCCAAAAACCUUGGUGUCGUGCAGUAAAAAACUGAAGACUGCAUCCUGAGAAAGUGCAAGCCUUUGCUGCAUGCGUGCUGAUGUUUUGGUGGUGAUCUCUACGUUGCACAAGAUUCUUCCAUUGAUUCCACUACAGAUUAUGCUAUUUUUCAGUAACAACUUUUGAACAAUGAAUGUUUUAACACUUCUGAGUUUGUUGCUGUUUGGAGUGUCCUGGAGUCACAAUGCAGAUUCAGGUAGAUGUGAUGAAAUUACCAAUACCUGUGCUGUUAUUUCAUGCGGAUCGCAUAGUUCAAGUGGAACACCAGGAAGAGAUGGAAGAGAUGGCAAAGAAGGACCCAAAGGGGAAAAAGGAGAAAAAGGUCUCCAAGGAAACAGGGGAAGUCAAGGAGCGCCGGGUAAACUUGGCCCGCCAGGAGUGAAGGGUGAGAAGGGUUCUGUUGGCGAAAAGGGAGAGCAGGGCCGGAGUGCUACAUCAGAGGUCGAAGUAGUUAAAAGCCAAAUGAAGACUUUGGAAGGACAAAUGCAAAUGCUUCAAGCAGACUUAAACAAGUAUGCAAAAAUUUUGCUUUUCCAUGGUGGUAAACAAGCUGGUACUAAGAUUUUUGUAACAAAUGGUCAAGAGGAGAGUUUUGAAAGUUCUCAAAAAUCUUGUAAAGAAGCUGGGGGUAAUUUGGCCAGUCCACGAAACACAGAAGAAAACAGUGCAACACAGGAAAUACUACAAACAAAGGGAGAGAAUGCAAAGGCUUACUUAGGAAUAUCAGACCUGCAGGUGGAAGGCAUUUUCAAAUAUGCUGGAGGAGACAAAAUAAGUUAUACCAAUUGGAACUUGGGAGAGCCAAAUAAUAGCAAAGACAAUGAAGACUGUGUAGAGAUUCAGGAUAAUGGAAAAUGGAACGACAUUCCGUGUUCUCUUUUAAGAUUGGUAAUCUGUGAAUUUCAAUAAAUGUCUUAACAUUG